AUGACGAUGGACAGUCCCCGCCGCAGCCCCGAUCAUUCAUUGAGCUCGAGUCGCCGCCGUGUCCACCUCCACCGUCGUCGCUCUCUGUCGCCACGCGAGCAACACCAACACCGGCCAGCCGAUGAUGAUCGACGGCAGGGACGACGGCCCUACUACCCCGCCGCCGAGGCGUGGCCGAGGGGGUCGGCGGUGGCGACGAAGGUGAGCCUGCGCGGCUUCGACGACCGCCUCUCGGCGCGCGACCUCGCCGACCACCUGGAGUCCGUGGCGGGCACGGUCUGGCGCUGCCGGGUCAAGACCUCCGUGACGCCGACCGGCUCCUACCCUGACUUCCAGCUCCGGCUACCCCUCCCCGGCGCAGCCGCCGCGGCGGCGUCGCCUUACGACGAUGGCAUGCUGCCCGCGCACGCCUUCGUCCACUUCGCGGACCCCAGGGCCCGGAGCCGCGCCGCCAGGUCCGGCCUCCAGCUCUGCAGCCGCGGCAGCCGGAGGACGCGUCCCUCCGCUGAGAACACCCACGCCUCCUCCCCCAGCGCGGCCGACCGCCGCCGCCGCGGUAUAGCUAGGCCGAUGCUCUUCCCGGACUCGCGCGUCGAGGUCGGCGACCUCGCGGCGCCCGACACCUUCCUCGCCGCCUGGCGCGGGGCCGACGACCCCGCCUCUGCUUCCGCGGUCGACUUCGUGGUCGACCCGUCCGCCGGCCGCUGCCGGCUGCUGUUCGCCCGCGACGCCGCGUUCGCUUCCCCCGCCGGCGCUGCGGCGGUGCUGUGCUGCGACGUCAAGCUCGAGCUCCCCGUCGGCGACGUCGCGGAGGUCCUGGCGUUCCAGAGCGACGACUCGCUGCUCCUCCGGCUCUCGGCGGCGCCCCUGCUCUACUACCGCACGGCGGGUGACGACGUCCACGGCCCGGUGCCCUUCGACCUUAUCGACGACGACGACGACCCGUGGGUACGGACCACCGACGUCACCCCCGGCGGCGCGAUCGGGCGGUGCUGGGUGUACAGGAUCUCGUUCAAGACGUGGUUCUGGCCGACGAUGAGGGUCGCGUUGGAGUACAUGAAAAUGCAGGGGGUGCUCGUCGAGGUCAUCGACAGCCGGGGGCCGGGGCUCACCGUGCACGACGAGCUGGAGUUCGGGAUGCCAAUGCAGGACAUGUUCUUCAGCCUGCAUCACGCCGAAGGGAUAAGCUUUCCAGUGUUGUACUUGGUUAAUGCGCUGAUGCACAGCGGGAUAGUGAAUCGACACCAGCUGACACCCGAGUUCUUCGGUUUACUGAAGGGAGAAUGUGACGCGGUGAAUAUUGCUGCACUGACAAAGUUGUUUGGAGGAAAAUUUCAACUGUUCGAUGUAUGCCGGAGGCUAAGGAAUGAGCAGGAUUGGGCUGCCAGGAAAUCCAAGCAUCUUCGUCUUCUCAGCAGUGGGAAGAUUGGACCUGAUGACUACAAUGCCGAAGUGCGGAGGCUGGUGAUCACUCCCACCAGGGCAUAUUGUAUGCCACCACAACUGGAGCGCUCUAAUCGUGUCAUCCGGCACUACCAUCAAUUAGCAGACCGGUUCUUGAGGGUAACUUUUAUGGAUGAGGGUAUGCAGCGGCUGAACACCAGUGCGAUGAACUUCUGUGCAGCGCAAAUAGUCAAGGACAUGAUGCCCAACUCGUUCCAGCAGAAGACAACAAUCUACAGGCGUGUCCAAACAAUCCUAACAAAUGGAUUCCACAUGUGUGGCAGGAACUACUCAUUCCUUGCAUUCUCAUCAAACCAGCUUAGGAACAGGUCAGCUUGGUUCUUCGCAGAGGAUGGAACCACAACGACCGCAAGCAUUAGAGAGUGGAUGGGUCAAUUUCCAAGUAAGAAUGUUGCCAAGCAUACAGCUCGAAUGGGGCAGUGCUUCACAUCUACAUAUCCAACGGUGAUGAUACAGCCAGAUGAGAUGGAGUUUCUUGAGGAUGUCAAUCAUAAUGGAUACAAUUUCUCUGACGGAAUUGGCAAGAUUACACCAAAACUUGCUUUGGAAGUUGCCAAGAAGUUGCCGCUGAUGGAUAAUUACGUCCCGUCUGCAUUCCAAAUUAGAUUUGCAGGAUUCAAGGGUGUUGUAGCUGUCUGGCCAGGAGAAAAUGAAGAGGCACGGUGGCUCUCCCUUAGGCCAAGCAUGAAGAAGUUCGAGUCUGCCCACUCUGUGUUUGAAGUGGUGUCCUGGACAAAGUUACAGCCAGCAUUCUUGAACCGUCAGAUUAUAACAUUACUAAGCACCUUGGGUGUCCCGGAUACUGUCUUUCGGCAAAUGCAGAACACAAUGCUUCAUAAUCUCGACAGGAUUUUGACAGACAGUGAUGUUGCAUACGAGGUUGUAAAAACAUGUUGCCCCGAACAUGGAAAUACCGCUGGGCUGAUGCUGAGUGCUGGGUUUGCUCCUGCAAAUGAACCACACCUGCGAGCAAUGCUUUUGGCUAUCUGGUCCUCACAGAUGCAGGGUCUUUUGGAGAAAUCAAGGAUUUGUGUACCCAAGGGAAGGUGGUUGGUGGGCUGUCUUGAUGAAUUUGGGAUCCUUGAGCAAGGACAAUGUUUUAUCCGGGCCUCAACACCAUCCUUCAACAAGCGUUUUGUGAGGCAUAGCUCAAUAUUUUCCUCAGCAAACAAAAAUUCAGAGAUCAUUGUAGGUACAGUUGUGAUGGCAAAGAACCCAUGUCUUCAUCCAGGGGAUGUCCGUAUACUUGAAGCAGUGGAUGUUCCAGAAUUGCAUCACCUUGUUGAUUGUUUGGUCUUCCCCAAGAAAGGUGAGAGACCACACGCCAACGAAGCAUCUGGGAGUGAUCUCGAUGGAGAUGUCUUCUUUGUGACUUGGGAUAAAAAACUUGUACCUCCGGGGAAAAGGAGCUGCACCCCUAUGGACUACUCCCCAACUGAAGCGAAACAACUACAGCGUGAAGUACUUACACAUGAUAUCAUUGAUUUUUACUUGGAGAACCUGGUAACUGACAACCUUGGUCGGAUAAGCAAUGCUCAUGUUGUUCAUGCUGACCGUAGCGAGUAUGGAGCAAUGGAUGACAACUGCAUUCAGUUGGCCGAACUAGCAGCCACUGCUGUGGAUUCCCUGAAGACAGGGGAAAUUGUGACAAUGCCAACUUACCUUCGACCAACAGAAUAUCCUGACUUCAUGGGAAAAGAAGAUGCCAUCUCCUAUAAAUCAACUAAGAUCCUUGGAGAGCUUUAUCGGUCAAUUAAAGCAGCCUAUGGCAGUGAUUUUGUUUCAGAGGGUACCUGCACUUCAGAUGAUCUUCCUUAUGACAGCGAUCUGGAAGUUUCUGGGGCAUCGGAUUUCCUCGAGGAUGCUUGGAUAUGCAAGUGCUCGUAUGAAGCGCAGCUGAACUCACUACUUAAUCAGUAUGGCGUGCGCACUGAAGCGGAGCUUGUGACAGGGGAGGCUUGGUCGCUUACAGGAAACAAUAAGCAGCAGCAGUAUGUGACAAAAGAGAUGCUCAGCUACGCAUAUUUCCAACUCCACCUGGAGUUCCGAAGCAUCUUUGAAAGCAUUGAUGAGAUAUCUGUAGAGAAGAAAAAUCUGGCGUACGAGACAAAAGCCUCUGCGUGGUACCAGGUAACCUAUCACCCCAAUUGGAUCCAACGAUCAAGGGAAAUGCCUCUGAGACUCAGCUUCGCGUGGAUCGCUGUGGAUUACUUGGCACGCAUAAAGAUGAGGCGCCGUCAAGAAGCAAAAGUAAAUUGGCAGCCUUACGAAGGAGAGGACGCACUUCCUUCUGCCAUUAGCAUCAUGUGUGCGGCCGACGACGAUCUUUACAGGAUGAAGUGCCCUCUCAUAUGUUUCUAUGCUGUCGAGUACCACCUGCCUGAUCGAGUAGCACGUCAGUUUGGGAUCAGGCAGAUUUGGUCAACACCUGCGAUCUCGACUAGUGUGGAGUUACACAACCUGGAUCGUAAGAAGAAACGGAAGGUAUCUGACUGGCACGCAUUCCACCAGGCCUACAUUGAGGAAUGGGAGCAGUUCGACGACAACUUGGAUGAGAACGAAGAGCCGCAUACAAACAGUGAGUACAGGCAAUACCAGGCUUGGUACCAAGGUGCGACGCGUCACAGGCUGAGGGUACAAUGGACGCAAGAUGACUACGCCGACAUCCACUCGUCCGAUGAUGAAGACAAAGUGUACGACCGAAGUACUCGUGCUGGAAGGCAGGUGGAGACAGGACCAAUCCUGGAUAGGAUGGGUCGUACGCUCCAAAGCUCGGUUAGAGAUAUUGAGCAUUUCCGUCCUAGGGUUACGGACCUGAGACACGAAGUUUUCUAG